AUGGACACCAGCGGCCGUGUGCGCGACGGCACGGAUGACUCCAUGAACUCAGAACUUGGAAGAAAACGGCUGCGAAGAUCUGCAUCUGCCUCGCACGCGCUGAAGACUGAACCUGGAGGGGAAGGAAAGUCUUUGGAGAUCAAAGGCUUGGAUGGAUCCACUUUCGAGCUCCAGGUUGGCGAUGCAACCGUCGAAGAAGUGUACAAAAACAUUUCAGAGAAGAUUGGGCUGAAACCAGGCAGGAAAUUGUUGCUGACUUCGGGCUGCAUUAUGCUGGAUUAUUCCAGACCGAUGCUGCAGCAAGUGCAGGGUGGGGAAAUUAGUUUCAUCGUCCAAAGAAUCAGUUUGAAUGACUUUGCAAAAAGCUUUUGGAACGCCAUUGAAGCUGAGACCAAAGAAAGUCUGACUGCUGAAGAUGUGCACACACUACAUGCAGCUGCAAUUGUUUCAAUGCACUUCGGACCACGUUUCCAUCAAAGCUUGGCAGGUGUCGCGUUGCCAAGCUGCCUGCAGACCUUGACCUUUGGGGAUGAGUUCGAUCAGAGUUUGGCCGGUGUCACGUUGCCAAGCUGCCUGCAGACCUUGACCUUUGGGGAUGAGUUCGAUCAGAGUUUGGCAGGUGUCACGUUGCCAAGCUGCCUGCAGACCUUGACCUUUGAGGAUGAGUUCGAUCAGAGUUUGGCAGGUGUCACAUUGCCAAGCAGCCUGCAGGCCUUGACCUUUGGAAAGAGGUUCAACCAGAGCUUGGCAGGUGUCACGUUGCCAAGCAGCCUGGAGACCUUGACCUUUGGGCAUGAGUUCAAUCAGAGUCUGGCAGGUGUCACAUUGCCGAGCAGCCUGCAGACCUUGACCUUUGGUCAUGAGUUCAAUCAGAGUCUGGCAGGUGUCACAUUGCCAAGCAGUCUGCAGGCCUUGACCUUUGGAGAUUGGUUCGAUCAGAGUUUGGCAGGUGUCACAUUGCCAGGCAGCCUGCAGACCUUGACCCUCGGAAGUUCGUUCGAUGAGAGUUUGGCAGGUACCACAUUAAUCCAAGCAGCAUGUCAGCCUUGA